AGCAGGGAGCGGGUCGGGAGAAGGAGGGAGUGCUGCAAACUCUCUCUCCACUGUAGCGUAACUAGCGACACAACCAACUAACUGCCACUUAUGUAGUCAGAGCAGCCUUUUCCCUGAGCAGAAGAGAAGUAGACAUUUAAAUGUUUUUAACAGAAUGCCGCACACUUACCGGGAUAUACUAACUUAUCGGCUCUGUUGAACAUUCGUGACCCCAUCCAGCAGCUGCAACAACAUCUGGCUAACAAGCGGUUAGCAUUAGCAAAAAACCGCUGAACAGCUGUCACCCGGAAGGCCGCCGCCGCACCGGGUUGGGAUUUAACUUUCUCUGUCCGUGUAUGGACUGAACCAACACCAAGCCUCUAGCCAAUGAUAAAUCGCUAUUUAUUCUAUAUCGGUAAGAAUGGAGUCCUCUUUGGGGAUAUGCGACGAGGAGUGCUUGGCAACUGUGAAAGGUCAGGAGCUGAGGGCUGGCCAGAAGGAGCCCAGACUACUGUCACUAAUUGAGCGCAGUGGAGAGUUUAUAUUGGGUGUUUUGGCCACCCCUGAUGUUGUUGUGUCUCGUCCAGUGGCUCAGCUGUCUAUACCCAUCAAUGGUAAUUUUGAAAUAGUGCGAGAGGCUGAAGAGGCUCUUCUUAUAAACUUGUCAGUGGAUUCCAGUGUUAGGAUACGAAUCAAAGGAGAAAAAGCCCCAGAGCUGCUGUUGGAACUUCAGGAUGAUGAGCGUACUCAGACUUUCAUCGCCCAGGUGAAGAGUGCUCAGCAGCAAGUUGAAUCCAAACUCACGAAACCCAAAGCGAUGGAGCCCCUUGCACCAGCAGCCCUGAGAGGUCCAGUCCCCAUCCCACCGCAAAGAGCAAACAGGAACGCUAACUCUGUUGGCUCUGGAGUCAACCCCCCCAAAUCUAGCAGUGCACUGCCUCCCAACCUCAAUAAUAGCAUGUCAACAAUUCAGACUAACACAGGUCCAGUUCAAUCGCUUGCCUCAGACUUUGGAUUUGAGGAGAACUUCAACCAUGCUCUCAAAGUGGAGGAAAAGAAGAACCACCAGAAUCGCAUAGUGGCCUCUAGGGAGCCUCCUCCUGUUCCCCCUUUGCCUCCUCGCAAAGGCUCCUACAUUCCAUCCAAUCCUCUGCCUCCUCCACCAGUCCCUAAAGACAGAACUGUGUCCUUUCAGACCAAAGACAACUCCUUUGUUACUAACACCAAACCAGAUAGCUUUAGGUCAGGGUUUGAACGUGUGGACAGACCACCGUCUUGGUGCGACAGCCCCACCACCAACACCAUGAGACAGUCCAUGUUCUCCAGCCAGGCAGGACAAAGAGAAUACCUCAUCAAACACCGCCUGGGUAAGAAGGAGAAAGAGUAUGUGGAUCUCCAGACCUUCAGGUUUUUCACAGGCACGUGGAAUGUGAACGGCCAGUCUCCAGACAGCAGCCUUGAGCCGUGGCUCUGUUGUGACCCAGAAGCUCCUGAUAUUUAUGCUCUGGGUUUUCAAGAACUGGACCUGAGCACUGAAGCUUUCUUGUACAUGGACUCGUCCAAGGAGCAGCUGUGGGUGGAAGCUGUGGAGAGGAGCUUGCACCCAAAAGCCAAGUACAAGAGGGUUCGGAUCAUACGACUAGUUGGGAUGAUGCUUGUGGUCUAUGCCAAAAAGUCACACAAGAAUCACAUAAAAGAAGUGGCUGCAGAGCAUGUGGGGACGGGAAUCAUGGGGAAAAUGGGAAACAAAGGAGGCGUGGCAGUGAGGUUUGUUUUCCACAACACUAGCUUCUGCAUUGUCAACUCCCAUCUAGCAGCACACGUGGAAGACUUUGAGCGCCGCAACCAGGACUAUAAAGACAUAUGCGCCCGCAUGACCUUCCACUUACUGGACCACCCCCCUCUCACUAUUGUGAAGCACGAUGUAGUAAUCUGGCUUGGGGAUUUAAACUAUCGUCUUUGCAUGUACGAUGCUGGAGACGUCAAACAGCAUAUUGUUAAGAACGAGCUAAAAAAGCUGCAGGAGGUUGAUCAGCUUAACAUUCAAAGACUGACGAAGAGAGCCUUCACAGACUUCAUGGAGGGAGAGAUCAACUUUAUUCCCACAUACAAGUACGACCCCAAAACAGAUCGAUGGGACUCAAGUGGGAAGUGCCGUGUCCCAGCUUGGUGUGACAGAAUCUUGUGGAGGGGCAACAAUGUCAAGCAGCUCAAAUACCGAAGCCACAUGGAGCUGAAAACUAGUGACCACAAGCCUGUCAGCUCCCUAUUCAAUAUUGAGGUUAAGGUGGUAAAUGAGGAGCGCCACAAAAAGGUGUUUGAGGAGAUUGUUCGAGCGAUGGACAGAAUGGAGAAUGAUUUCCUUCCAUCUGUAUCUCUGAACAGGAGAGAGUUUACAUUUGAGAAUGUGAAAUUCCGGCAGCUUCGAAAGGAGCCCUUCCUGAUAACAAAUGACGGGCAGGUCCCCUGUCACUUUGCCUUCAUCCCCAAACUCAAUGACUCGCUGUAUUGCAAGCCUUGGCUCCGUGCCGAGCCAAGCGAUGGAUUCUUGGAGCCGGGCGAGACCCUGGAGAUCUAUCUGGAGGUGUAUGUCAGUAAAGACUCCGUCACGCUGCUGAACUCUGGAGAGGACUCAAUAGAAGACAUUCUGGUGCUCCAUCUGGACCGCGGCAAGGACUACUUCAUUACCAUCUCUGGCAACUACCUGCCCAGCUGCUUUGGCACCUCGCUGGAGACUCUGUGCCGCAUGAAGAAGCCCAUCAGAGAGAUCCCCAUCACCAAACUCAUUGACCUGGGAGAGGACAGCUACAUGGAAAAGGAAAAGUCAAAGAUGAACUUCCUGAUGGUGGAUGAUGCAAGUAGUGAGGACAAACCUUUGAAGAUCCCCAAGGAAGUGUGGAUUCUUGUCAACCAUCUCUUUACCAAGUCCUGUGAUCAGGAGGACUUGUUCCAGACACCAGGCCUUCAAGAGGAGCUGCAGAGCAUCAUCGACUGUCUAGACACCAGCAUCCCGGACUCCAUCAUUGGUUGUAACCACUCUGUAGCCGAGGCUCUGUUGAUCUUCCUGGAAGCCUUGCCAGAGCCAGUGGUGUGUUAUGAACUCUACCAACGGUGCCUCGACUGUGCUCAUGACAGCCGCCUCUGCAAACAGUUGAUCUCCCAGCUGCCUCGUGCUCACCGCAACGUGUUUCGUUACUUAAUGGCUUUUCUGAAGGAACUUCUCAAGCAUGCUCACAACAACAACCUAACAGCCAGCCUCAUAGCUACACUCUUCGCUAGCCUCCUUAUCCGACCGCCUCCCAAACUAAUGGGCAGGCAGACACCACAAGAACGGCAGAAAGCCAUCGACUUCAUUCUGGGUUUCCUCAUGGCAGGAGACGAGGAGUAAACGAGGUUGAUCUCACAACGUCAGUCAGGUUUGGAGUCGAUUCCCAACCUGGCUUUCUCUUGGCAAAGGACCAGGACCUGUAGGACAUGGUGUAACAUGAUCCCAUUGGUAUUUUAUCAUCUGUUGGAGACCAGUGCAGCUGUUUUGCACCCCACCUUUCACAAACUCUCAUGGUAAAGGAAGACGUCCAUUAGAACUAUGAUGAUUUUACCAAGUGUCAUAUCUUCAGUUCAGUCACCGUAUGACCGGUCGCUGGAUUUUGAAGCGCUUGGAGAGCUUUGAACCAAUACCUAUGCACUUUUCUGAUUACCUAAAGGCCCUGCGCCUUCAGUCUAGAGUUGUCCUCGUCCUCCGCUGACCCUUCUUAUUGUAGGUGCUCAUGCCAAAAUAACCCAUGAACAGUGAGUGGUAUGAAUGUGAAAACACUAAAUAGCUAUAGAUGCUAAGCGAAAGACUGAAUUACACUAAAGAAAAGGAAAUUCCUGAAGUUUUAGGAAGUAGAAUAAAUACUAGUAUAUUGUUCAAAGCAUUGAAUAGUUUGAAAUGGGACAAUUGUGGAAAUCUAUAUACUAAGAAUGUUUAAGCUUAAGAUAAAUCACGACAAUCAUUCAAUGAUCAAUUCAAUGAAUAAUCUGCGAGAAUUAUUUUUGUCCAUAUUCACUGUAUUUGUUAUUUAUAAAUUUUUUUCUUCUACAUUUGCACCAUCUGAACAGUUUUUGGUUCCUACUACAGUAUGGUUUACUUUCAGCUCUGCAUUGGUUGUAAAAUAUUGGAAAUAUUCAUCACAUCAUCAUUUUUAUUGUCCUGUUAAAGAAAACUCCUUGUCGUGAAUGUUUUGCUGUGUUUCUGUGUAACUCCAGCUGUGAGCCUUACAUCUUGUUCCUCCAGAGUUACAAAACAAGUCUGUUAACACACUAACUUCCUGGUUCACCAGAAUCGAGUGAGGAGUCGCCCCCCUCUGUGGUUCUCGAUGUCUUAAAUUGUGUAAAUAGUGAUUGUUUCCCUGUUUCAUGGGUAUUUGACUGUCGGUAUGGUGGUGCAAAUCUGUGAUGUCUACAGUUUGUCAUGUUUGUCACUAAGGUGGUACUGUUCAUAUCUGUGUUUUGUUUACAUGCCUUUCUCUUCACCUCAUCUUACAGCUCAUUAUUCAUUGUUAAUGAAUGCCAAGACACAGCCGUUGUGUUCCUCAUGGUAAAGGCCUCUUUUAUUUAAGUGAUGCAGCAUUUUCUGGGUGCAAGGUUAGCAAGAUUUAAUGGCCCAUUACUCUGCAGGAUACAGCAUGUGUUUGUGCACCAUUCUCCUUUUUGCCACAAAGGAAAUGUGUUUCUGUAGUCACUGUUGCAAAACAUAGUUAUAGAAAUAAGGAACUUCUGUGCUAUCUGUAACGAACACUAUUUCCUCUUUAACAGUUCUACUCAAGAGAUGUCAGCAAUAGCUUUCACUUUUGACAAAAAUAUUUACAUUUAUGGCAUUGAUUUCUCUUGCUCAGUAUCUCCUGUGAUGCUGGAAAUGGUCCAGGAGUUUUCUUCUCAGACGUUCCAGGAACUUCAAAAGUGAGCAGAUGAUGUAAUGUGACCACACUGACAAUCAUGGCAUUUAUAGAAAUGCCUGUCAGGCUGAAGUUCUCUCUCUCGCUGCAUUCUCGCGUAGUUUCUUCUGCCUUCUAUACACAAGAUUCUUCUGUUGGUCACAAUCAAGCCAAGCUUUGCCAAAAGGUGGCUUGGCCCUGAAGUAAUGGUUGCUGGUGAUUCAGAUUUGGGAGAGCCGUUUUAUAAUAGCCAUGUAUUUAUUCAUUUUAUUACUUUAGAGAUACUGUCAUUUCAAACACAAAAUCAAUAAUAAUCAAUAACCUGUAAUUUUAAGUCUUGUCUUAUGCCACUGUACCAACUGAUGUAUGUGUAUGGAUUCAUUGUGCUCUGUCUUCAGUUUUGUCGCAAUCUGUUCAUAAAGUUAAGGUACAUUUAAAGGUACACAAGAAAACACUUGCACCUGUUUUCAACUUUUCAGAUUUUUUGGUGCUUUUAAUUUAUUUAACAGAAAUAAAAUCAGUGUAUAAAGCUG